AUGGCGACCGGUGAAAGGCGAUCAGAUCUCAGGUUGCUCAGGACGUCAUUGAUUCUGGACCAAGGUGACACUCGCACGACUCGCCAUGGAGACUGUCUCAGAUUGUGUACCUACAAAGCGAGAACAGUGUCCACAGACGCUGACCUGCAUGCCCUUCUCCCAGCUGCAGAGCGUAUCAAAUUUCACGUGAUUGCUCUGCAGAAGACCAAGUGCAGAAACAGCGACGUACGACAGAUGAAUGACGGUACACUCAUCAUUCGUGGAGAGAAGGUUCCGUCGCGAAAUGUAGGCGGUGUUGGUUUUGUUGUGCACCCACCUGUCGUCCAUCUUAUCGAUUCUCACAAGAUCCUGUCACCUCGUCUGGCCAUUCUUCGCCUCCCCCUCUGCGCCAAAAACCCAUCAAUAUCAUCAACUGCUACUCACCAACGUCAGCAACUGAUGAAUCCGAAUUGGGCGAGUUUUACGAGGAGCUGGAGGAAGUAA